CAAAUGGGGCGACUUUGGAUUGUGAUAAAAGGAUGAUGAAGGAAUUAAACAUUUGGGUUUUAAGACUAACAGACUUCUUCAUCCUUUGCCUCUUCAUUUUUACGCCAUUGACUUCUGCAGAUGAAGGCAGUAAUUCAAGCAGCUUUGUGAGCAUUGCAUGCUGCUCAGAAUCUAACUUUAUAGAUAGCAAAAACAUCAGUUGGGUAACAGACGUGAAUGAGUUUCAUAAUAGGCUAAGUUGUGAGAACAGAACUUCUGUAGGUGUGCGAGUUGCGAUCGGUAAUGUCAACAAUAAAACAAGGGUGUUUCACGUUGGUCCAGAUCAGAAAAGAUGUUAUACCUUGCCAUCAAAAAAGGGGCAAGACUAUCUAAUUAGGGGUAUUUUCGGAGGCAUCUGGGGAUUGAAAUUUACAGUUGCUGUUGAUGUGACCACAAUCGGAGUAGUAGAUUCACUCGAUGAUUAUGCGGUCGAGGGAGUUGUUAGAGCUACCAAGGACUACAUAAACUUUUGCUUGGUCAGUGACAAAGGAGAACUUUAUAUUUCAGAGAUUCAUUUGAGGCCUCUGUGGAACUUGACUUACUAUCUAGAGGACUUCCCCUCAAGUGUUCUGCAACUGCUUGAAAGGACUAGUUUUGAUGAAGACGACGCAGAAAAGGUCAUCAGGUACGGAGUUGACCCGAGUGACAGAAUCUGGUUAACGAACUCAACUGUCGACCCGGGGACCUACCUCAUACCAGAACCCAAUGUCGUCAACGUUCUGGGUUCCAGAGAUGUUCGAGUCCCCAUUCAAGUCCUCAAAACAGCUCUAGCUUCUUCAGACCGCUUGGUCAUUCUUCACAAUGGCCUGUCCUCAUCGAACAGCCACUACCUUUUGUUCUUGUACUUCUAUGAAGUCAAUCACACUGUUCAAGCUGGGGAGAGGGUUUUUGAUGUUUACUUGAACAGUGAGCUGAGACAAUCUGGGUUUGAUGUUAUGGGUGAUGGAUCAAAUUACAGGGAGCUUGCUUUGAAUGUGACAGCAAAUUGGUAUCUGAAUCUAACUCUGGUCAAGGCCUCUGAGUCUGAAAAUGGACCCAUUUGCAAUGCCUAUGAGAUCUUGCAGGUGCACCAGUUGGUUCAGGAGACUGACACAGAUGAUGUGGAAGUGAUUUUGGAGGUGAGGAGUGAGUUGCUGGAGAGGAAUGAGAAGAAUGAAGUUUGGGAAGGGUGGACUGGAGACCCAUGUCUUCCUGUUCCCUGGAAUGGUAUAGGUUGUGAUACUGUUAAUGGUGUCCCUGUCAUUACCAAACUGGAUCUUUCUUCUGGCAUUCAGAGAAGCCCUGAUGAAGAACGCAUACUUAGGGGACCAUUUCCUAAAAGCAUUCCUAAACUGACUCACCUAAGAUUCCUGAACCUCAGCAACAAUGAGUUUAUUGGCCAAAUUCCAGAAUUUCUUCAAUCUUCCUUGUUGAUUUCAGUGGAUCUGAGCCACAAUAAACUUUCGGGGCCACUUCCAAAAUCUCUUACUUCACUACCAAAUUUGGCAACACUAAAUUAUGGCUGCAAUCCAGAGCUCACUGAAGUUAGUCCAUCAACCUUCAAAGCCUUAAAAGUUACAACAGACCAUGGAAAUUGUGGUGUUCAAGAAUCAUCAAAACGAGGAAUCAUCAUUGGUGCUGCUGCUGUAUCUGGAUCUUUACUAGUAACAGCUGUCGCCGGGAUCAUUUUUUUCAUGUGGAGAAAAAAGUUUAUGCCUCGAGGAAAAUCUGAUAAGAAAUUAUAUCCUAUGGCAAAGAAUUUAAUUUUCUCAUUACCUAGCAUGGAUGAUCUGGUCAUAAAAUCAAUAUCCAUAGAGACAUUUACUCUUGAUUACCUAGAGGCUGUCACCCAAAGUUACAAAACGCUGAUAGGUGAAGGAGGUUUUGGGUCUGUUUACCGGGGCACUUUAACUGAUGGUCAGGAAGUGGCAGUGAAGGUUCGAUCAGCAACAUCAACCCAAGGGACUCGGGAAUUUAAUAAUGAGCUAAAUCUUCUAUCAACCAUUCGGCAUGAAAAUCUUGUGCCUCUUCUUGGUUAUUGUAACGAAAAGGACCAAGAAAUUCUUGUUUAUCCAUUUAUGUCCAAUGGCUCUCUGCAAGAUCGCCUAUAUGGGGAAGCAGCAAAAAGGAAAAUUCUGGACUGGCCAACAAGACUGUCAAUCGCUCUUGGUGCUGCUCGAGGUUUGACGCAUCUGCACAAUUUUGCUGGGCGUUGCAUUAUACAUAGGGAUGUGAAAUCAAGUAAUAUACUUCUGGAUCAAAGCAUGUGUGCCAAGGUGGCAGACUUUGGUUUUUCAAAAUAUGCUCCUCAAGAAGGUGAUAGUGGUGCUUCUCUGGAAGUAAGAGGGACAGCUGGAUACUUGGAUCCAGAGUACUACACAACCCAUCAUUUAUCAACAAAAAGUGAUGUGUUCAGCUUUGGUGUGGUUCUACUUGAAAUUGUUACUGGUCGGGAACCUCUAAACAUACACAGGCCACGUCCCGAGUGGAGCCUAGUCGAAUGGGCGAAACCUUAUAUAAGGGAGUCAAAGAUUGAAGAAAUUGUUGAUCCAAAUAUAAAAGGAGCAUACCAUGCAGAAGCAAUGUGGAGGGUAGUGGAGGUAGCAUUGUCAUGUAUUGAGCCCUUCUCUGCUUACCGACCAGGCAUGGCUGACAUUGUUCGCGAGCUAGAGGAUUCUCUGAUAAUAGAGAACAAUGCAUCAGAAUACAUGAGAUCCAUAGAGAGUACCGGAUCAAAUCGCUUUUCCUCAAUCAUGGAAAGAAGCAUAGUCAUGGACAGAAGAAUACCGCCACCUUCUACUCCUUCAGAACCCUCAACUAUUUUGACACAAAUGGCCCCUCCAGAGCCAAGAUAGUGAACGGUUUAGUGAGUUUUUCAUCAAAUUGUGAAUGAUUAAUUUAGUUGCAUUGCAUAAGUGAUGGAAGAGAAAAAUGAGGAUAACUUCAGAAUGCUCUUUUUGAAAUUAUGCACCUUAUGUAAUAUAUCUUUUUCUACCCUUUAAACAUCCUG